UGUCCAUCAGUGCCAGCUGUCAGUGCUCAUCCAUGUUACCUGCCAGUGCCCAUCAGUGCCACCUAUCAGUGCCAGUCAGUGCCGCCUAUCAAUGCCAGUCAGUGCCACCUAACAGUGCUGCCAAUCAGUGCCGCCUAUCAGUGCCCCUCAGUGCUGCCUAUCAGUGCCGCCUAACACUGCCAGUCAGUGCCACCUAUCCGUGCCAGUCAGUGCCACCUAUCAGUGCCAGUCAGUGCUGCCUAUCAAUGCCACCUAUCAGU